CCGCAGGGGCUGCCUACUGCCCAGUGCUUCGGAGUUCCUUGCGGGGGGCACUGUGCCUAGGGAAAGUGGAGCCCUGGGGGCCCGAGCCAGAGCCCGGCCCCAGCACUCAGUAUGACCUGUCCGGGGCCAGGGCCGCCCUCCUCCUGGCUGUGACCCAGGACCGGCCGGGGGCCCAGCAUGAUGUGGAGGCACUGGGGAGCUUGUGCCAGGCCCUGGGCUUUGAGACCACCCUGAGGACAGAUCCUACAGCCCAGGCUUUCCAGGAGGAGAUGGCCCAGUUCCGGAAGCGGCUGGACGCCCACAGGGGCCCUGUGAGCUGUGCCCUUGUGGCCCUCAUGGCCCACGGGGGGCCUCAAGGGCAGCUCCUGGGGGCUGACGGGCAAGAGGGGCAGCUGGAGAUGCUUGUGCAGGAGCUGAGCCACUGCAGGGCACUGCGAGGCCACCCCAAGAUCUUCCUGCUUCAGGCUUGCCGUGGGGGGCACAGGGAUGCGGGUGUGGAACCUGCAGCUUUCCCUUGGUUCAGACGCUGGCUGCGGGCACCACCAGCCACCCCCUCCCAGGCCGAUGUCCUUCACAUCUGUACUGAUGUGCAAGGCAGCUCCUCCAGGGGCCCUACUCCAGGGAGCCCUAACCAUGCAGAUGUGCUGAUGGUCUAUGCAGCCGCUGAAGGCUGUGUGGCCUAUCGGGAUGAGAAGGGCUCAGACUUUAUCCAGAUGCUGGUGGAGGUCCUCGGAGCUGACCCCAAGGCAGACCUCCUGGAGCAGGUGACUGAGGUCAAUCGGCAGGUGUGUGAGCUGGACAUGCUGGGUCCCGACUGUGAUGAGCGCUGCAAGGCCUGUCUGGAGAUCCGCAGCUCCCUGAGGCGCCGGCUCUGCCUGCAGGUCUGACCGCGCCGCGGCUACCCAGGAGUGCUGACAGCGGGGAGCCGCACACCAGCACCACCAGUGACCCCAUCCACCCCCUCGGUUUCGUCUCCUAAAAACAGCGAUGUAACACAGGAGGCUUGGCUGGCAUGGAAUAAACGUGGUGAUCGCUGGACACGUGAAUAGCGCCCGCACGCAGGGAACUAGGACAAUAAGCGAGAUGAUGUAUGGAGCACCGGGCACUUCGGAGGCUGGGCCCACCGGGGGAAGAAGGGGAGCCUCCGGGACUAAGAAAGCCCCACAUGGGCUAGGCGGCGCUGGAUGUCCUGGGAAGGGGCAGCCCAGGGUCCACAGCACCCUCCCAGCACCCCCACCCCACCUGCACCGCACGCUGGGGCCGCGGACGGGGUUGGAUGGCAGGUUUGGUGAUGCUGCGAUAGAGGAAGCAAAGGGGCUGCGGGAGCGGCCGGCAGCCCGGCCCCAGCGUGGGCCUGGGGCUCGUGGGAGAAGAGAUCAGGAGCCCUCGGGACAGGAGGGGCUUGGGCAGCGCCACGCAGGCUUGAACUCUGAGUUGCACGGCCACCUCAGCGGUGCUCAGUCGCGCUGCCCAGCUGCGGGCCCGGCUCACCAGGAGCCCCGGGGGCGGGGCGCCGGGCCAGUGUGCGCAUGCGUGCUUUGGGGUGGCACUGCGCAGGCGCUUGCAAAAGGUUUAUGAGAAAAGCUGAGAGACCAUUCUCCGCAAGGCCGCGUGGCCUAAUGGAUAAGGCGUCUGAUUCCGGAUCAGAAGAUUGAGGGUUCGAGUCCCUUCGUGGUCGUUGCAGUGUUCAGUUUUCCUCCUUAAAUUUAAAAUUUUCCGUGUCUCCCAACCUUACUGAAGCCUAGGACCCUCGGGCUGUCAGCCACACUCCCUCCUGCCCCUCAGAUGCAUCCCUGCUCCUAAGGGGCUCGGGACCCAAGGGUGAACCCUUGGGCACUGUGGGGAGACCUACGCUGAUCAAGCCCGGGCGGACUGCUGACCCUAGAACCCCUGACAUAAGUCCCAGGAGCCUAGGGGCGACUGGCUGCAUUAAUAUAGUUCAGAUGACUAGACUGCGACAGAUGAGGGGUUGGACUUUUGCGGGGUGGCCCACCCUCAAGGGGUCAGGGGCAUUUAAAAAUAUACGAUUAUUGUGAUAAAAAAGUUUUGGAAAUAGAUAGUAAUGAUGAUGGUUGCGCAAUAUGGUAAAUGUAACUGAUGCCACUAAAAUGUACACUAAAAAUGGUCAAAAUGGCAAAUUUAAUGUUAUGCAUAUAUUUAAACACUAAAAUUUUUAAAAAAUUAUAAUAGAUUAUUUCGAUUUCUUGCAGUGAAUAUACCCUUAAAUGAUUCAGUUCAGUUCAGUUCAUUUCAGUCGCUCAGUCGUGUCUGGCUCUUUGCGACCCCAUGAAUC